AUGGUGGGGCGUUCUGUGGCCAGAGUGCUUGAGCUCGCAGUGCCGUUGCGGGAAGGGCUCACUUUGGCAGCUCAGGCCUGGAGCCGCGGAUCGCCUGGAUCGCCCUUCCGGGGACGGCCCGUGCUGGCCCUGCAUGGCUGGCUGGACAACAGCAACAGCUUUCUGGAGGUGGCUCCAGCACUGGCAGAGCAGGGCUUCUUGGUGGUGGCCAUCGACUGGCCUGGCCAUGGUAGAUCCGAACACAGGUCCUUCGAUGCCAGUUAUUUGGCCUCCGACCUGCCGUGGUACGCCGGUGAAGUGGUGCGGGAGCUGCAGUGGAGUCGCUUCGGUGUCCUAGGACAUUCCAUGGGAGCGGCCGCGGGGACGUUGAUGGCUGGUAGCCAAUACCCGAGCAGCGAUGCCCUGGUUGCUCUUUGCUGCCUGGACCUUCUAGGACCCCUGUCCAGAUCCGUUGGAAGCAGUGGGCAGAAUCUCCUCAAGGGCUUGAAGAGUCGCGAGAAGUAUUUGCAACGGCAAUUGCGCGGAACACAGAAGGUGUAUGGUUCGCUGGAGGACUGCAUCGCGGCACGUCUGCGAAGCAUAAAGGCCUGGCCUGGCCAGCAGCGCUUGACUGAUCUCAGCGCCCGGCGCCUGGUGCAGCGAGGCGCGGAAGCGGCAAACGAAAACGGCGAUGGCUGGCGCUUCAGACAUGACGUGAGGUUGAACAGCCCAAGCCCUUCAUAUUACACCGAAGAACAGGUGCUGGCCUUGCUGCAGCGCAUUGAGACACCCUGUUUGCUGAUCGAGGCGGAAGGUCCUUAUGCCUGGCCCAGAGAUCCGAAGUGGUGGACCGCUCGAAAAGCGGCGGUCCGCGGGCUGCAAAGUCGGCCGCUCUUCGGUGGGCACCAUCUGCACCUGGACGAGGACACAGCGCCAAAGUGCGCGGAGGAAAUCGCCGCCUUCUUCGAGGCCCAAGUCUCUGAUUGGGAUGAAGUGGAGCUCAAGCUGUGA